AUUAUGUCACUCCCCCCCAGUCAACGCAAGUCGUCCUUGCUCCUGCUCCGUUGUUAUAGUUAUAAACAUCCACCACCACCAACACCACAGACGCACUUGCUACCAAAUUCAUGGCCGCUACUGCUGAAUUUCCGUUUGCUUCCCCAUUCCCGACUGGUUUUGGUUUCCGUCCCACGGAGGAGGAGCUCAUCACCUACUACCUGAAGAACAAGAAUGUUGGCAACGAGUCUGUUGUUAGUUUUAUCAAGGAGAUUGAUCUGUACAAGUUCGAGCCCGAGCAACUCCCAGACAAAUCGUUUUUCCCGUCUGAUAAUUUUGAGUGGUUUUUCUUCCGGGCCAACACCUCCGACACUAAAAGAACCACCACUACUGGCUACUGGAAAUCCACCGGUAAACCCCGCCCAAUCAAGGCUCGAGGAACCAAUGAAGUGAUCGCAAGUAGACAAAUUUUUGUGUUCCAUCGAGGCAAGGGAGGCAAUGCUAUAAAGACCAAUUGGGUGAUACACGAGUAUAAGCCUCACCCAGACACUAAAAUCCCUUCCCAGCACCCAUUCCUCGUUUUUCGAUUGAAGGAAAAUGCAGAAGAUGGGCAGAGCAGUACCGUUGCUUCUCACAGGACUAAGAAAGUCACACAGGGAGGAGAAAUCCGGGAGAUGAACAGAGACGAACAAUUAUCGGAGUGUGAGCCCCUAGGGAGUUGUACCCAACAACCUAUCGAUGCCUAUGAUGAUGGAGUUGAAGUCAAUACACAGCAGCAGAUACAGCCUGGAGCUGGAGCUUCUGAAGAUGAAAAUUUCACUCAGAUUUUGAAGUGGAUAUUCGAUCCGGAAGGAAGCUUAGAUGACGAUGCGACCUCAACGAUAUGCAGGUCCCCAUUGCGAUCCGAACCAGAACCAGAACCAGUUUUAACGGAUUUUCAACCUUCGAAUGGCAAUCGUGGUGAAGUAAAUAAGCGAUCAUCUGAGAGUGAAUUUGAUGAGUAUAAGCAGUGGAUGAACUCGGAGGUGAAGGAUAAAAACUUGGAUGAGAUGACACCAAACAACCACUUUAACCGACGCUACACUAAAAGAAGGCAUGUGAGGACUGAUAAACUUCAAAGUGGACAUAUCGUACUUCAAAGUGGACGCGACCCUGAUACCAAUAAUACAUACCGACUGGUCGUUGUUGCUGUAGCCUUGCUAGCCAUCGUAGUGGCCGUAAUGUUUGCCAAGAUGUGGUGCUAAACCGACACAGGCGCUGAUGAUUAGCAUGAAGCAUUGUAUUAAUCUUGUCUUGUUCAUACCACGUAUGUCUCUUCUGCCUAACACAAGGCUUCAAGCUUUGUGACCAAAAACUUAGUGCCAUGAGCACAAAAGCUCUGCUUCACAAAAUAAAUAAAUAAAUAAACUUUUAAUCAUGAA